AUGAGCCCGCGUCAGCACCGCCGCCGUCCCAUGCCAGCAGCGAUCCUGAGGUGCGCCAGCCAGACUCGGAGGGCUCGGUCCCGGCUGCCAAUCCCGGCUCCUGUACCCCUCGGGAUUGUGCGUCUGCACCCCCUCUGGCACCCCCGACUCCGGCAGCGCACCAUUCGCCCCCUCUCGGGGUUGCCAGCCCCAGCAAGAAUGAGGACGGGGUGCUGCAGCCCUUAG